GGAAAACUGCACUUGAUCCUUCAGAACUCCAGGAGGGACUAAAGAGCGCAGUUUAGAUGCACGCCAAGUGCCACAUACUGGGGAGGCAAUUAUUCGCCAAAUGACACGCGCAGCCAGUACAUUGUCGAUGAUUAAAAAAAAGAAUAACGUGGAUCAAAAAAUGGGUUGCUCUCUUUCUGUCUUUGCAUUCAGGAGUAGCCUACUCUUUAAGUUUGAUGCACUACACAAACAUAAAUUACAUUGGGCUACACAAGACUAUUUAUCACAGUCCACGGCUAAUAGCAUACACCUGUAAUAAUAGCAAAAUAUCAAAUGUGUGAAGCAUAAUAUUUCAUACGACGAAAAGAAAAGGUUCCUCCGUUUCCCAGAUUACGACCCGUCUGUAGCCUUCUAGAUCUAGAACUAACCGCUAGACGACCAUAACCCAGACUGCCCACAAGGCGCACGCAGGCGUUUAAACAGGAGUGGCGUUCCGCUGCUGUACAGUUCUGUCUGUAACAAUUUACCCGAAGAUGGCGGCGUGUAGACGUGUGCAGCUGCUCCUGCUAUUGAUGUCCGUGUCAUUAUGUAUAUGCUCUAUCCAAGGACUUAAAUCGCAAAGCAAUGGUGGGGUAAACGGAGAUGUUAUUCCAAACCUAGUCGAGAAAAGUGCAAAGAAUCCCGCUGCUGCAGUGGCUUCAUCGAUUCGCAGGGGCACCAGUUGGAAGCUGGCCGAUGAAGAGGCCUGCCGGGAGGAUGUUACCCGGCUUUGUCCGAAAAAACACUGGCCUAACAAUUUAGCUGUGUUGGAGUGUCUACAGGAUAGGAAAGAGGACACAGAAAUUGGGUCGGACUGCAACCAUUUGCUGUGGAACUACAAGCUGAAUCUGACCACAGACCCCAAAUUUGAAUCGGUGGCUGGGGAGGUGUGCAAGAGCACCAUCGGUGAGAUCAAAGAAUGUGCGGAGGAGGAGAAGGGCAAGGGCUACCUGGUGUCCUGCCUGGUGGACCACCGGGGCAACAUCAGCGAGCGCCAGUGCCACCAGUAUGUCACCAAGAUGACCACCAUCAUCUUCAGCGACUUCCGCCUCAUCUGCGGCUUCAUGGACAAGUGCCGCGAGGACAUCAACGUGCUGCGCUGCGGCAGCAUCAGCACCGGAGAGAAGGACCUGCACUCGCAGGGGGAGGUGAUCUCGUGUCUGGAGAAGGCGCUGGUGCGGGAGGCGGAGGCGGAGGAGAAGGAGCGCGCUCACACCAUCCAGGACGGCUGCAAGAAGUCCAUCAUGCGCGUGGCGGAGCUCUCCGCAGACGACUUCCACCUGGACAGACACCUCUACUUCGCCUGCCGCGACGACCGCGAGCGCUUCUGUGAAGAUACUCAAGUUGGCGAGGGCAGAGUGUACAAGUGCCUGUUCAACCACAAAUUUGAGGAGGCAAUGUCUGAGAAGUGCCGAGACGCCCUCACCACCAGACAAAAGCUGAUUGCUCAGGACUAUAAGGUCAGCUAUUCGCUGGCGAAGGCCUGCAAGGCCGACCUCAGGAAGUACCGCUGCAACCUGGACACCAACAUGCCCCGUGCCCGCGAGGCCCGCCUCUCCUACCUGCUCCUCUGCUUGGAGGCAGCUGUACACAGAGGGCGUACGGUGAGCGGCGACUGCCAGGGCGAGAUGCUGGACUACCGGCGCAUGCUGAUGGAGGACUACUCGCUGAGCCCCGAGAUCGUGCUGCACUGCCGCGGCGAGAUCGAGGCCCACUGCUCCGGCCUGCACCGCAAGGGCCGAACGCUGCACUGCCUGAUGCGCGUGGGCCGCGGCGAGAAGGGCGCCAACAUGGACAGCAUGUGCCAGAACGCACUCCAGACGCUGAUCCAGUCGGCGGACCCUGGGGCCGACUACCGCAUCGACCGGGCCCUGAACGAGGCCUGCGAAUCAGUCAUCCAGACCGCCUGCAAGCACAUCCGCAACGGAGACCCCAUGAUCCUGUCGUGCCUGAUGGAGCACCUGUACACUGAGAAGAUGGUGGUGGACUGUGAGCAGCGGCUGCUGGAGCUGCAGUACUUCAUCUCCAGAGACUGGAAGCUGGACCCCAUCCUGUACAGGAAGUGUCAGAGCGACGCCUCCCGACUCUGCCACACGCACGGCUGGAACGAGACCAGCGAGCUCAUGCCCGCGGGCGCCGUCUUCUCCUGCCUCUACCGACACGCCUACCGCACAGAAGAGCAGGGCAGACGGUUGUCACGAGACUGCAAGGUGGAGGUUCAGAGGAUCCUUCACCAGAGAGCCCUGGAUGUCAAGCUGGACCCUGAGCUGCAGAAGCGCUGCAUGACCGACCUGGGCAAGUGGUGCAGUGACCGCACAGAGACGGGACAGGAGCUGGAGUGUCUGCAGGACCACCUUGAAGACCUGAUGGUGGACUGCAAAGAAGUUGUGGGAAACCUGACCGAACUGGAGUCAGAGGACAUCCAGAUCGAGGCCCUGUUGAUCAGAGCGUGUGAGCCAGUUAUCCAGACACACUGCCACGAUGUGGCCGAUAAUCAGAUCGACACGGGGGACCUUAUGGAGUGCCUGGUGAGGAACAAGCACCAGCGCGAGAUGAAUGACAAGUGCACCGUGGGCGUCACACACUUCCAGCUGAUCCAAAUGAAGGACUUUCGCUUCUCCUACAAGUUUAAAAUGGCCUGCAAGGAGGACGUCCUCAAACUCUGUCCCAACAUCAAGAAGAAGGUGGAUGUGGUGGUGUGCCUGAGUACCACGGUGAGGAACGACACUCUGCAGGAUGUGAAGGAGCAGCGCGUCUCCCUCAAGUGCCGUAAGCAGUUGCGCGUGGAGGAGCUGGAGAUGUCAGAGGACAUUAGGUUGGAGCCUGAGCUUCACGACUCCUGUAAGGGUGACAUCAAGAGGCUGUGCAAUGCGGUGGAGUUUGGCAAUGCACAGAUGAUCGAGUGUCUGAAGGAACACAAGAAGCAGCUGUCCAUGCAGUGCCACCAGAAGAUCUUCAAGCUGCAGGAGACGGAGAUGAUGGACCCGGAGUUGGACUACCAACUCAUGCGCGUCUGCAAGCAGAUGAUCAAGCGAUUCUGCACGGAGUCUGAUGCCAAGAGCAUGCUCAACUGCCUGAAGCAGAACAAGAACAGUGAGCUGAUGGAUCCCAAGUGCAAACAAAUGAUCACCAAGAGACAGAUCACCCAGAACACAGACUACAGGCUGAACCCCGUGCUGCGGAAGGCCUGUAAAGCCGAUAUCCCCAAAUUCUGCCAAGAUAUCCUGCGCAAGGCCAGCGAAGACACGGAGCUGGAGGGACAAGUCAUCUCCUGUCUCAAGCUGAAAUAUGUCGACCAGCGUCUGUCGUCUGACUGUGAGGACCAGAUCCGCGUGAUUCUGCAGGAGUCGGCCCUGGACUACCGGCUGGACCCCCAGCUGCAGCUGCACUGUAGCGAUGAGAUCACCCAGUUGUGUGCGGAGGAGGCUGCGGCUCAGGAGCAGACGGGGCAGGUGGAAGAAUGUCUGAAGGGCAACCUGCUGAAGAUCAAACAGGAGAGCUGUAAAAAGGAGGUGCUGAACAUGCUGAAGGAGAGCAAGGCCGACAUCUUUGUGGACCCCGUGCUGCAUACGGCCUGUGCCCUGGACCUCAAGCACCACUGCGCAGCCAUCACUCCAGGACACGGCCGACAGAUGUCGUGUCUGCUGGAGGCGCUGGAGGACAAGCGGGUCCGGCUGCAACCCGAGUGUAAGAAGAGGCUGCAGGACCGCAUUGACAUGUGGACAUUUGCAGCAAAGGUGGCUCCAGCCGAGGGCUUCGGGGACCUGGCUCGACAGGUGCUGCUGUCGCCCUCCAAGAACUACCUCCUGUUCAUGACCACGCUGGCCGUCUCCAUGCUCUUCCUCAUAGGCCUGCUGUGCGGCCGCAUCACCAAGCGCGUCACCAGGGAACUUAAGGACAGGUAGAGAGAGAGGACGCGGGCGCCCGGGGGAGGUGCCCUGAUCCAUGUGACUGACUGACUCACUUCGUCUCUCAUUCUCUCUCUCUUUAAAAACAAAAAAAGGCCCAGACUCUCUCCCCCUCUCUCACAAUUAUACCCUACCCCGUCUCUCAAUCAUUCUCUUUCGCUAUCUUCUCUCUCUGUUACACACUCCUUGUUCUCAUUCUGACCCUGGCAUGGCUCCGAAGAAGACUCCCUGCCCCCACUGCCAUCACACUAUGCCCAGCUUCAGUCUCCUCCUAAGGGGGGGACGCCUGCGGAGGAUGUUUCCUAUGGGUGCACGUGGGCCCCUGCGGAGACGCGUUAUGGCUCCGUCCUGCUCUUUUGGCUCUGGAUUACUACUGCUGUUCCCGCCCCACACCACCUCACUUCCUGCCCCACACCACCUCACUUCCUGCCCUCUAGCCGACCAUCCACCCCUUUCAAAGGGACGACAAGCGGUACCCCAAGAGCCUCUGCUCUUCUCGAUCAUCUCAAGGGCCCCUCCCUGGCCUCUUCUGCCUUGCCGUGUGAUGUCGUCAUCGUCUUCAAGGCAGGUUGUUAAAUCUCCACAGAGAGGAUGACUUGACUGACUCUGUUGCUACGCAAGCCAUUUCACUACAUUUUUUGUAUGAUUAUUAUUCUUUUUGUUACGUUGUUCAAGACUGGCUUGCCUUAUUGUAAUCUUCAAGCUGCAUUCUUGAGCCAGAUGCAUUUUGUUUUUAGACUCAUGAGGCUAGGAAGUGAGGUGUUGCUCUACAGGCGUUUUUGUUUUGUUUUGUGGGGGGUAAGCUGUUACAUUUGAGUCAAUCAUGUCUACCGGUCACAAGUAAGUGCGAGGGGGCAGGCAUGCAGAUGAUGUUUCACCCUAAAGCCACUGGACUGCCUGAUGGUACUACAAUUAAACUGAAGGACGGUGUGAUGGUACACUUUGCCAUUAAGGAGCCAACAAUCUCGCUCUCGCUCGUUUUUCUGUCUUCUCUUUCUUUUAUUCUCUCUCUCUCUCUCUCUCUCUCUCUCUCUCUCUCUCUCUCUCUCUCUCUCUCUUUCUCUUUCUGACUUUGAACCAUAUUCCUGCAAAGUAUAUUGUACAAAAAAGUCUUGUCAAAAUGGAGCGAAAAUCCAAGGAAAGGGUCUUGUGCAUUCUUCCCAGUGGCCCCCACAACAGUCCAGAGCACUGAAGCCAAGAAUGUGGGCAGUGGAGCUUCUGCCUUUUGCCUUGGGCUGUGACUGAGACCUUUUAGAAUGAUGAUGGGUCGACCAACUGACUACGGUUUGCUUGCUGAAGGCUGUGCCUGUGGCACAGGUGCACCGAAGGAGAUGGCUUGGUUUACGAAGACAUGCAAGCACUCGAGGGAAUCAGGGCAGAGCGGUGGACAGUGGGGGGGAAAGGGUGGGGCUUCAUGUGGGCUACUUUGGGGUCUGCUUACCUUCUUGUGCGCAAAUCUUUCAACAAGGGUUGGACUCAUUUCAUUUUUGUUUGUUUGGUUAUUUUUAGGGCCAAGGCUUUUGUGAAAGAGCAGAAAGAAAAAAACAACAACUGCAUACCAUGUUAGGGUGCAUUUGAACUGUACGUGUGUGUGAGAUUUUUGUUUGUUUUUUGUUUGUUUUUUUCUAAGGAAAUGAGAUGUGCUCUGGAUUGCUCACUGAAUCAUUGCACAUGUAUGUGAUCUGUCUGUAUGUGUGGCCAUAGCCUUAUUUAUUGUUUACAGACUAAUGGGGUUGAGUGUUUUUUUUCUUCUUCUUUCUUUCCUUUUCUUUUUUUUGUGAAGCGUCAUGUAUAAAUGUUUUCUCUGGCUGCCUUGUCUCUCAUACAUGCCUGUGAAUGUCCCUGUGGGCGCUCUCUACAAAAGGGCAUCAGGGUAGAGAGUUUUGUUUGUUUGUCUGUUUGCUUUUUAUUUGUUUGUUUUGUUUUAAAUAGUGUCACCAGGGGGGUAUGGGAGGAGGACAGAGCUCUGCUUUGUAAUACUGUAAAUCUGCUUCAAGGGGAAGGCAGGAGGUCUGCACACACGCACACACGCACGCACACAAACACAACAAAUCCUUCCCCCUUCAUUAAGAGAGGGUUCAUCUUGAAGGAAACGUGGAUUUACGUAAGAGAGAUACAACUUAAAACGGUGAAAGCAAGUGUAGUUCAUCUGAAGACGCUUUUGGCUAAUACAAGGACUGAAAAUAGGUAUUAAGAACUCCUUGAUACCUUUUUUACCUUUUUUUUAAUUUGGAACAGCUGGUCUUAAAGCAAAGCCAGGUGGACUGAGAAAAUGUAUCAUUUCCCGAUUUGUUGCAUUCAAGAAAAUCAAGAGAUCUGGCAAUGAUGCCUCAAAUGUACUAAGGGAAACUAGCAUUUCCACACAGCUUUAUUUUGUAAAUACACAGAGACUAUCUGCAGCUGAGGACAUCACCCUGGAUAUUAGCAGGCUGUUUCUGUAACUGCUGGAGGGGGUAGGGAGGGGGUGGAACAGACCGUGGGAGAGUGACAAUUAUUUGCAACAAGGAAAUGCUGCAAUUUUCCCCAUAGCAGAAAGAUAGUUAAAUCGAUAUUUCCAGAUUCUAUAUAAAAUACAGUAUCAUUUAAGAAUGAUGAAUGUUUAUUGCAGAUAUAGAUGUCUCUUCAGAACUGGUUUAUGUAUGGGGGGAAAACACUGUUUUUUGUUUUGCUUUUUUUUAGUUUCUUCUUUUUUAUUUACAACCGUCAUUGGAUUAAAUCAACCUGGCAUUCAAAGCCAUGUUGGGCUUUUCUCGUGUAGGGAUAAAACAACCUUUUUAGCAAAACGUGUGCACUGCAAUCAGCGCCAGUGGUAUCCUCUUUUGUCAUGAAAUGUCAAGGCCUGGCAUUCAGAAUCCAAUAUCGCUUCCUAAACAAAUUCUGCCUCUGUGAAUGACAUGCUGUCACUUUUAUGACCAGGUUAUCGGAUGACAUUAAAACUUCAUAAACUGUUAAAUGAGUUGCUUUUAAACUGUUUUGUUGAAAAUCUGUUUCAUUAUGGUUGUUUCAACCCAAUCACUGAAGACCAAUUCACAAGAUAUGCUGGGAAGGUGUCAGAGAGGCCAAAUAUUGAGGUAGACUGUUAGAAUACAAUGGGCAUACAUUUAAGGCACAUCCACUUAUGGUAAAAGAGUAUGGUUACCCUAUUGUUGUUUAAUGCUAUGCUCAUUCAUUUAGAGCUUUUCUGCAAUUAGACUAGAAAGGUACAACAACUGCAGUCUUCUCAGCCUUUUACAGAAGCCCCAUAUCACACAUUAACAAUCACCUAGAAUUCCUCCAUGUUCUUCUGAAUUUUUGUAUAAAAAGCUGUCCUCAAACAAAAAAAGAACCAAUUUUGUAAUUUUUAUUUGUGUGAAACGUAUGGCUGUACUAUUCUCUGUUCUCCAGUUAUGCCAUGUAAUAUUGAGAUGUAAGAGAUUUAAAUUUGUGCAUUUUCCUUUGAUUUUAUUUUUCCUGUACAGAUGGAAAAUUUGUCAAUUUAAUAAAAUUGUCUGCAGAUUUUCA